AUGUGUGAAGAAGAGCAGCACGCAGCACAGCUGGAUUUCUCCUCUAUCCAGGCAGAUGUCUUCUUCGGCCUGCGCUGCCGCUACCUGCAGCAGCGGCUGCAGGAGGUGACCUCGCUGCUGCUGGCGGACCGCGCGCUGCAGCAGCUGCAGCAAAGAGCAGCAGCAAGACAAAAGAUUAAAUCCAGCAGCAGCAGCAGCAGCACGUGGGCGAACUGCAGCGCAGCAGCAGCAGCAGCAGCAAAGCGGGGGGAGGCCUUUUGUGUGCCGCGGGAUCUGCAGUCAUCGGCGGUAGUUGCUGCUGCUGAAGGAGAAGAACUCUUCACGAGAGUGCAUGCAAGGGCUAAGGCUGACGCAGCAGACGCUGCUGCUGCACUAGCAGCAAUAGGUGUGGGCUCUUCGCGGCAGUCUUCGGGGCGGCUGCGGGCUCAGGGCAAGAGAAGCUUCGAGGCUCUCUCUCCUGCUGCUCUAUACAGGCUGCUGCAGGCUGGGGAUCAAGAGGCUGCUGCAGGCUGGGGAUCAAGAGGUAUGCUGCUGCUGCUGCUGCUGCUGCUGCUGCUGUUGCUGCUGCUGCUGCUGGUGCUGGUGCUGUGGAUGCUGCUGUGGGGGCUCUUGCUGCUGCUGCGGGGACGCAGCAGACGGUGGUUGUAG